AUGCGGUCCACGACAUUCUUCGCCAGUAUUCUUUUCGUGGCUCGAUGGGCGCUGGCCAUCGACUUGAAUCUGGAUGACCCCGAAUCCAUUAAGCGCGCCGCCAGAACAGCGGCAGAUGGUAUGAUGCAGUGGUACGAUGGCAAUAAGACAGGCGGGAUUCCCGGUCUUCUUCCAGGCCCCUUCUACUGGUGGGAAGCAGGAGCCAUGUUCGGAUCCCUUAUCGACUACUGGUACUACACUGGCGAUACGAGCUACAAUGAUGUCGUGACGGAGGCGCUUCUCUUUCAGGUUGGCGCCGAUGUCGAUUAUAUGCCUGCAAACCAGUCUAAGUCCCUCGGGAAUGAUGAUCAGGCCUUCUGGGGAUUGUCAGCAUUGACGGCAGCAGAAACAAAUUUCCCAAAUCCUCCUGCAGGUCAACCACAGUGGCUCGCUCUCGCUCAGGCGGUGUUCAACACCCAGAAGGUCCGCUGGGAUGAGACGUCUUGCGCCGGGGGCCUCAAGUGGCAGAUCUUUACGUUUAACAACGGUUACAACUACAAGAAUAGCAUAAGUAACGGAUGCUUCAUGAAUAUGGCUGCUCGGCUCGCCAUGUAUACAGGCAACACUUCUUACAACGAAUGGGCUGAUAGGGCAUGGGAAUGGUCGCGCUCAGUUGGGUUGGUCAGCGAUACCUACCUGGUUUACGACGGCACGGAUGACAACCUGGAUUGCAAGGAACUGAACCACUUGCAAUGGUCAUACAAUUCCGGCGUGUACUUAAUGGCUGCAGCGACAAUGUGGAACAUCACAGAGGGCGCCACGAGGGACCAGUGGCAAACUCGCACACAAGGACUUCUCAAUGCCACGAAACAGAUCUUCUUCUACCCUAACGGCACGAUGCAAGAGACUGCGUGCGAAGGAAGCCACAAUUGCAACAUCGACCAGCAGACAUUCAAAGCCUAUCUUUCCCGAUGGAUGGCGGCAUCUACCAAAGUUGCUCCAUGGACCAAGGACACUAUAAUGCCUUUGCUUGCAUCGUCCGCUGAGGCUGCGGCCAAAUCGUGCACCGGCGGCGACGACGGCGUAACCUGCGGCACGUCGUGGACGGGAGGCUGGGAUGGUGCUUUCGGGGUCGGACAACAGAUGAACGCUCUUGAAGUGUUUCAGUCCAACCUUAUCUCGACUGCGAGAGGACCCGUGGGCAAUUCUACAGGAGGAACAUCGCAGGGUGACCCCAACGCCGGCUCAGACAGUGGUUCAACUCCAAUAACGUAUGCUUCAUCCCAUCAGCAAAGCCCACCAUCUGCGAAUCUCGAAGUUGUGCUGACUUUCGAAAGAUACAAUGCCAUCACCACAGGCGACCGAGCAGGAGCAGGGAUUCUGACCGCCAUAGUGUUGAUAGGACUGGUCGGGGGUGGCUAUUGGAUUGUGACGUGA